GUGUCUUCACAGAGCUCAAGAUCCACUGGGGGAGAAUUUUCCAUUUGUCAUCCCGCUGGAAUGUGAGCUCUGAUGAUGGAAGUUGCUUUUUUUUCUUUGCUUACAACACUUAGAAUAUUGCUUGGGCCAAAACGGUUAUUGCUCAAGAAGUAAAGUUAUUUACUCAAUAACUUGAGUAAACAAAGGAAGACAUACCAGGUGCAGGCAAAUUUAGGUUUGGUAUCCUAACAAAUCCAGCCAGGUUUUGUUUUUUGUUGUGUAAAUUAAGAGUCCACCUGGUGGUCACAGGAAGAAAAGCAUCCUAGGAAGAGAGGGAAGGACACAGGAAGCAAUGGAAGAAACAGACUCAUCUAAGGAGUUCCCAGUUUCCUGUCCAUAAACUUCUUAGAAUUAUACUUUUUUUUUGUACCAGGAAUUGAACUGCCAGGACCUUGUGCUAGCCUGGCAGGCAUUGUAUGACUGAGCUGUAUCACCAAGCUGUAUCACUAGCCCCUUAGAAUUAUUCUUGUCUCUCUGGGUAUAUCAGAUGUUCCAGAUUGUCAAAGGGUCAGGGUCCCCUUCUUUACAAAGACCCUUCCUACAAUUAAUGGAUUUUUGCCCUGUGCUCACUCUAUGCCCUUUCCAAUUCUGGAGGUCCCUGGGUGACUCCUGGAUUCCCAUGAGAUCAUUUGAUCCCCAGCCCUUGUCUCCAUUCCCGGUGCGGGACUAUUUCUGUGCUCACUGGGAGGACCUCAGGCAAGUCCCUUGUUAUUUCUGAGCUCCAGUUCCUUCCUCUACAAAAAAAGAGUAGUUACCAUCUCCUAAAAUUGUUGUGAGAGUUAAACAAGAUAUGUCUGCAAAGAAAAUAUUCAGCAGAUGGUCAUUUCAACUCCCUCGCUUUCACUGCCCUCCUUCCCAGAGCCUCUGCCCCUCAGAGCUGGAAUCCAGUUGGCCCAUUUACUGGGAACAGCUUAGUUUCAAAUGUCACUUAAUCUGGGCAGUCCUUCCUUAUUCGGAGCCCUGGGGGAGAGAGGGCUGGUAUAAAUCUUCGUCAACUUCCUGGCUCCUACACGCUGCAGGAUGGAGCAGGGCAUUGGAGCCAAGCUGCUGCUGUUGCUGUGUGCAGCACAGUGCAGACAUUUACGGGCAGAUGGCCUGAGCGACCACACAUCAGUCAUCGAAGUGACCAACGGGGGUCCCUGGGGCGACUGGGCCUGGCCUGAGAUGUGUCCUGAGGGAUACUUUGCCAGUGGUUUUUCACUCAAGGUGGAGCCGGCUCAAGGCAUUCCUGGCGAUGACACGGCUCUGAACGGGAUCCGGCUGCACUGCACUCUCGGGGAUGUCCAGCAUGUCAUAGAAUCCAAAUCUGCAAGGUGGGGCGUGUGGAGUGAGCCGAUAUGGUGUCCCAACAGAGGCUUCCUUGUGGCUUUUGCGCUUCGCGUGGAAACAGCCGUGACCCCUGGGGACAACACCGCAGCGAACAACUUGCGCUUCCGCUGCUCAGACGGCACGGAGUUGGAGGGGCUUGGGCUGAGUUGGGGUGAAUUUGGAGAGUGGAGUGACGCAUGCGCCAAAGGUGUGUGCGGCUUGCAGACCAAGAUCGAGGGGCCUAGAGGCCUCCGAGAUGACACUGCACUUAACGACCUGCGAUUAUUCUGCUGCCGUACUUGAAGUUCUUGCCGCCCUCUUUCCAGCUGGGAUGCCAGUCCCAUCUCCCGCUGUGGUCCCACCUCCCACUAUUAAAACUUUUCAGUCUUGA